GAAAAUGGCGGGGCCUUUAAAAGGGAGAAGGGACCGAGGAUAUAUUUCCACAGAUCCUGAGACUAGAUUGCGAAGAUAUCAAUCCAAUCUUCAACAUAUCUUUGAUAAGUAUGAAAAUUGUGGUGAUGAUGACGACACAGAAGUAGACUUGUGUGAUCUGUCAGUACACAGAGGACGAAGUCAGCUGAUUCAUAAAAAAACAAAAGGCUUUGGACACAGCAAACUCAAGAGCACACCGAGAGAGGGAGAUCUGUGUACAAAAGAAUAUGCACACAGACGAAUAAACUCCAUAAGUCACAGGCAGAAUCAAGAGAAAGAAUCAUUUCAACCACAAAGGCCAGAUCCCCAUGGUACAUAUGUCGUAUCCAAGCCAGAGGAUCCCUGGGAUUCCCAUGGGAACUUGUUGUCUCCUUUGUCUUAUGAUGAGCCUGACAGUAUGGAAUCCCAGCAGAUCCUGGGGGAGGAUCGUAUGGAGGCGGACCCUUAUCCUGAUGACAUUUCCAGGAUACAGAGUCUUAAUGAGACGUACAAGGAUGUACUGUCUCAGUUAGGACCUGAUCUGGAGGAAGACAUCAGUGAUGCGGAAACUUUGAUAACAACAUCGGAGAGUGAAGAUAGUUCUGCAGACAUGUCUGAAGCCUCAAGCUCCUCAGGAUACUCAGAAGAUGAUAAGUUAUACAAGUCAAGAGAGACAAAGAAGGUUCAUCACAACAACCUACAUAAAAGCCCUAGAAUGGAGUCCUACUUUGCCUCCUCCGAGGACAGCUCUGGUUACCACAGUUCAGAGUUUCCUUCCUGUAUGUACGAUAGAAGCCGAAUCCACAAGCAGUACCGCUGUCCUGAGCCUCAGAUCAGCUACAGACAUGUCAGGCACCACCUAAUGUCUGGGGACAAGGAGUUAGUCUCAGUAAAAAGACCCGAUUACAGACAUCAGAUCCAUAACUUGUACCAGAUGUGUGGAGGAGGAGACAUGAUGAAGUCGGAGAGAAGACACGAGAGAGGUGAUACACAAACAGCACUUCAAGGAAGAUCGGAAUCUGAAAGAGUCCAUGGUGAAAAGAAAGAACUAAUUUAUAGCAGUGGAAGUGGUUAUAGUCCAGAGAAAGAUUCUAAUGCACAGUUGCAUCAAAGAAAUGAAAAUAUUUUUACUCAGGGUAAGGAGAUGAAGAGGGGCAAAGCAAACAUUGAUAAUAACUCCUUUGAUCUGCACAAAAGAAGUAGCAGUGCAAAGAGAGGCCAAGAGAGAGUUUUUAGAAGUCAUAAAAUGGUUGUACAAACAGAAUAUUCAAAAAGAAGGAACUCCUUGUGUUUGGACGAUUUUGAAUCGUUGAGUGAUGUGUCCCAAACUUUUAUCAAAAAUGGAAUAUCGGAAUGUUCCAAAAUACAGUUACUUAAAGACGGAACGUCACAGCUUAACAACCAGCCAAUGUCCUCAAUAGAAAAAGUUACAAAGUGGAUGAUGCCUUCAAAAGAGACUGAGGACAAGUACCAAGUAAAGGCUAAAAGAAAACUUGUUAUACAUCCAAUUCAUGCCAGUUCAAAUGGGCCAUCUUUCACUAUAGCAGAAAAUGAAAGAAAACAGAGAAUUGCUGAGGAAGAAUUGUCACAUUUUGAUCAGAAGAUAAAUGACCAGGAAAACAAAUCUGAACUAAGUUUAGAAGGAAACUCUGCACUAUGUUAUGACAUCAAUUGUUCAUGUGGAAAAAAAGCCAUGUGUUCAUGUGCAAACUGUAUGAAUGUUAAUGAUUUCAAAUUUUGUCACCAACUGGGAUAUAGUCAUGAACAUGAAUUGAAUGAGAACAGUGAUUUGUCUGAUGAGAGAGGUCUAGGUGUUGCUUCACAAACAUUUGUCUGUUCUUUAUCUCCGGAGAGAUCGUCCUCCACCUUACCAUUUCCAGGGGAUCAAACAUCCACUGAUAUAUCAGCUUAUCCUUCUUCACCAGGAUCUCAUUCUUCAUUCUUUUCAUCACCAAGAGCUCAUUCUAGAGGCUUUCAAUCUCCAAGAGCUCAGAGUUACCCAUCCUCUCCACAAAAUGGCAGAGCACACACUGAUGUUAGUAAUUCACCAUCUUCUUCACUUGCCAGGCUUCAUCUGUCAUCGCCUAGAUCAUCACCAAGGACCUCUCACAACUUUCAGCAAAGUUUCAACACGGCUAAUAGUUCUUGUUACCACUCAAGUCAAAGUGUUCCACCAGUCUUCAAGGUCCCAAAUGCCUUUCCUUAUCAAAAAUCUCCAUCAACCAAAAGGAGUAUUCAGAAGAGUGGUGGAACAGAAGGAUAUGUCAGGGAGGAUCUGAUUGGUAUGAGGGAACAUGUAAGAUCAAGUUCUUGUGACAGUUUGGUACAACACAGAAGAGGAUCUGCAUCGAACUGCUUAGUUAAGCGUUAUAACCAACCUAGAGAGAAAAAGAUCAUUCACCAUUCAAUUUCAGAGAAUGUGUUGGGGGUUUGUUCCUAUAGGGGAUACCAGCAAGAUAAAAUGGAAGCUGGUAUGCCCAGCAUGCAAAAAGAAGACUGGAGACAUGAAAAUACUAGACCAAAAUACCAUGAACAGGAGCCUAAGAAAUCAAGACAAAGGCCUCAGCCAGGUAGAAAAGUACAUUUGUCAUCUAAACACAAGCCUUCGCUGUGUCAACCAGCUCCUGUUUUACCUAGAGAAGUACAUGUAUUAAAGUCACCCAGACAAGGGCCUCAGCCAUCUCAUGAAGUGAAUGAGCCAUCUACACAAGAGUUACAGAAGUCUAGACAGAUGUUUGCUCCAUCUACACAAGAGUUUCAGGUGUCUAGACAGGUGUGUCCACCAUCUACACAAGAGUUCCAGAUGUCCAGACAGGUAUGUCCACCAGCUACACAAGAGUUUCAGGUGUCUAGACAGGUGUGUCCACCAGCUACACAAGAGUUUCAGCAGUCCAGUUCCUGCAAACUCCAAUCAGUGAGGGAGUGGAAACCCAAAUGCAGCUUGUUUCCAGAAGAGAACCAAAACUCUUACAGUAGAUUUUUUCAGAGAUCUUCAGAGAAAAAGGACAGUUGCAAGGAUAGAAAUGAACCUUGGACCCAAGAUAUAAGACAAAGAUCCAAAACCCAACCAAGGUCUUCAGGUGUUUGUGUUCUUCAGAGUACACCUAGAAAACCUAAUAGUAAACCAUUUCUCGACAGUUCCUUCUCAACCAUUAAUCCAAGCAUGGGCAAUUCUAGUGACGAAGAUGAAGUUUCCUUGAUUUAAUUUUUGACAUUAUAUCCCAUUUGGAUAAAUUAAUUAAUCAUGGACUAU